GAUUAAGCGGCAGGCGCGCCGGGCGGCCGCACUCGAGCGGCCCAGCCUGCUGCCGGCUCCCGCGGCGGUGCCAUCGCGCCGCUCUCGGCUUCUCAACCCGCCGCGGACUCGCAGCCGCCGCCCUGGGCGGUGGGAGCGCCGAGACCCGGCCGCCGCGGCGCGCGUGGGUCUGGGCGCGGCGGAGCCAGGAGGUGCGGCGCCGCGCGCGCUGCGACCAGGCGGCUUCCGGCGCCGAGGGUGGCUCCGAGAAGAUCUCUCAAUUUUGGUUUUUAAUUGCUUUUUCCUGAAACCAAGUCAUUUUGACAGAAGAUCAGACUUGGCUUUAUUAACUUUGAACUGGGAGGCAGCAGUCAACGGCAAGUCACUUCUGACGCUGCAACAGAGCAGGAAAGAACCCUGUGAUGUAAACACGGGCAUAGAACCUCUCUUAUAAGUCAGAGUCUUCUGGAAGAGAAGAGAAACCUGACAGAAUUUUUUUUAAGUACCAAGACUUGAAGUAAUCCAUGCACAUGGCGUCAAUAAGGUGCUCAUUCAGGUGGAUCAAGCCCUUGGCCGCAGAUCCCUGGUCACUUAUACUUAUCCUCUUUUCUGUACAACAUGUAUAUGGGAGUGGAAAGAAGUUUGUGGGUCCUUGCGGAGGAAGAGAUUGCUCAGUGUGCCAGUGCUUUCAUGAAAAAGGGUCUCGGGGUCAACCAGGACCACUGGGGCCACAAGGUCCUAUUGGACCCCUGGGACUGCCGGGACCCAUUGGCAUUCCAGGAGAGAAAGGGAUGAGAGGUGACAGUGGUCCUCCUGGGGCAGCAGGUGACAAAGGUGAUAAGGGUCCAACUGGUGUUCCUGGAUUUCCAGGUUUGGAUGGCAUACCUGGGCACCCAGGGCCUCCUGGAUCCAGAGGCAAGCCUGGCAUGCACGGCUAUAAUGGUUCACGAGGUGAUCCAGGGUUUCCAGGAGAGAGAGGAGUUCCUGGCCCAGGAGGCCCCCCAGGCCUUCCUGGGGAAAGUGGAGAAAAAGGAAAUUCAGUGUUCAUUUUAGGUGCCAUUAAAGGUAUUCAGGGCGACAGAGGGGACCCAGGACCUCCUGGCUUGCCGGGAUUGAGGGGGGCAAGAGGACCGGCGGGCCCAAUGGGACAUCCGGGAGAGCCCGGGUUAGCCGGUGCUCCAGGCCAUCCUGGGAGACCGGGCUUGAAGGGUAAUCCUGGCGUGGGAGUCAAGGGGCAAAUGGGAGACCCGGGUGAAGUUGGCCAGCAGGGUUCUCCUGGACCCACCUUAUUGGUACAGCCACCUGAUUCUUGUCUGUAUAAAGGAGAAAAGGGCAUAAAAGGAAUGCCUGGCAUGACUGGACCUCCAGGACCACCGGGACCCAAGGGAGAACCUGGAAUUGGGGCAAAAGGAGAGAAGGGUAUCCCUGGGUUCUCAGGACCUCGGGGUGAUCCCGGUUCCUAUGGAUCUCCAGGUUUUCUGGGAUUAAAGGGGGAACCAGGACUAUUUGGAGAGCCUGGAUCAUUUGGAUUUCUUGGCCCAAAGGGGGAUCCCGGAGACCGUGGGUACCCAGGACCACCAGGGGUUUUGGUAACUCCAUCUCUUCCACUCAAAGGCCCUCCAGGGGAUCCGGGGCACCCUGGCCGCUACGGAGAAACGGGGUCUGUUGGACCACCUGGUCCUCCCGGCCCCUCCGGUCCACCAGGGGAGGACUGUGCAGGCGUGAUGGGACCUCCUGGGCCAAGAGGGCUUCCUGGUCAUCCGGGAUUUCCAGGGGCAGCUGGUAUCCCUGGGAGAGCUGAAUCCAGUCCAGGAAAGCCAGGGAACCCGGGACCACCCGGGUUGCCAGGAGCCCCAGGGCUGCAGGGACCUCCGGGAUCAGAUGUUAUAUAUUGUAGUGUUGGACACCCUGGACCACAAGGAAUAAAAGGCAAAGUGGGUCCUCCAGGAAGAAGAGGCUCAAAAGGAGAAAAAGGAAACACGGGGCUCUGUGCCUGUGAGCCCGGUCCCGUGGGCCCACCAGGACCUCCGGGACUUCCUGGGAGGCAGGGUAGUAAGGGAGACUUGGGGCUCCCUGGGUGGCUUGGAGAGAAAGGUCACCCAGGCCCUCCUGGAGCUGAAGGAUCUCCAGGACCACCAGGGAAACAUGGUGCCUCGGGACCACCUGGCAGCAAAGGAGAAAAGGGUGACAUGGUUGUAUCAAGAGUGAAAGGGCAGAAAGGAGAAAGAGGUCUUGAUGGGCUCCCAGGAUUUCCAGGACAAGAGGGACAACAUGGUCAGGAUGGACUUCCUGGAAAAAAGGGGGAUCCAGGCCCCCCAGGGGAUCAUGAAGACGCUUUACCAGGUGAUGAAGGGUCUCCUGGACCGCCGGGCCUCCCGGGCAGAGCAGGACCUAGGGGACAACCAGGUCUGGGAUUUUCCGGCCCACCAGGAGAGAGAGGGCCACCAGGAGCUCCAGGCCACCCUGGCGAGAGGGGCCUCGAGGGCUUGAAGGGUCAGAAAGGCGAUACAAUUUCUUGUAACGUCACUUACCCUGGGAGGCCAGGGCCCCCAGGAUUUGAUGGGCCUCCAGGACCAAAGGGAUUUCCAGGUCCUCGGGGCACUCCGGGGUUGAGGUGUUUGGAUGGGCAAAAAGGUCAGCGUGGCAAACCAGGAAUAUCAGAAAUACCUGGUCCACCUGGGUUUCGUGGUGACAUGGGCGAUCCAGGUUUUGGAGGUGGAAAGGGGUCCUCCGUUCUCGGGCCCCCAGGCUCACCUGGUUCUCGUGGAGCAAAUGGUCAGAAAGGAGUCAUGGGAGACACUGCCUAUGGCCAACCAGGUGCCCCAGGCAAGAGAGGUCUUUCAGGAGUGCCAGGGUCAAAAGGACACAGAGGUGACCCGGGACGUCCAGGCUUUUCAGGGCCAGCUGGCAGGCCGGGAUUCCCAGGUCUCAAAGGCCCCAGAGGCACAGAGGGAAGUGCUGGGUUUCCAGGAAUCCCAGGUCCACCUGGUCAGUCCUGCAAAGGAGGCGCCCCAGGGAUAGCAGGACCACCGGGAGUCCCUGGGGCUCCAGGCCAGCCAGGUGCCCCAGGUUGGAAAGGACAGCGAGGGGAUAUGGGGCCUCCUGGUCCAUCUGGAAUGAAGGGCCUCCCAGGAGUUCCAGGACGGCCAGGGGCACAUGGUCCCUUAGGACUCCCAGGUGUCCCAGGCCCUUCAGGGGAUGAUGGACUGCCUGGUCUUCCAGGCCCAAAGGGAUCCCAGGGGCUGCCUGGCUUCCCCGGUUUUCCGGGGCAAAGAGGAAAGCCUGGCCCCGAGGGACGUGCUGGCCGUAAGGGGGACCCGGGAGAAGACGGUCGGCCUGGCUUCCUCGGAGACCGUGGGGUGAAAGGUGCCAAAGGGGAGAGAGGACCCCCAGGAGAUGAAGGAGAGAUGGCUAUCAUUUCCCAAAAGGGGAAAACUGGGGAACCCGGACCUCCAGGAGAUGGUGGAUUCCCAGGAGAAGAAGGUGAUAAAGGCGAUCCUGGGAUGCAGGGGAGGAAAGGAGAGCCAGGAAGACACGGAGCAGCCGGAUUUCACAGAGGGGAGCCUGGUAGAACUGGGCAGCCAGGGCUUCCCGGCUCCCCAGGCCCCCCAGGCUCCCCUGGGCCAAGAGGGAUUAUUGGUUUUCCGGGAUUUCCAGGUGACCAGGGUGAGCCAGGUUCUCCAGGGUCCCCCGGACGUUCAGGAAUUGAUGGAAUGAGAGGACCUAAAGGAGACAAAGGUGACCCUGCAAGUCAGUUUGGCUCACCUGGUCCAAAGGGUGAACCAGGUAGCCUUGGAUGUCCAGGACAUCCUGGAGCACCCGGGGAGCAGGGCUUGCCCGGUGUUCAAGGGCCCACAGGAUCACCAGGAAGUCCAGGACUACCUGGUACCUCCGGACCACCAGGGUGUCCAGGUAAUCAAGGGGUGCCUGGGCUGCAGGGACCUCCAGGAGAAACAGGGGAUCCUGGGCCAAGAGGCAUGAUGGGAGAUCCAGGGGCAUCAGGUCUUCCAGGAAUAAAAGGUCCCUCCGGGUCACCCGGUCUGAACGGCUUGCAUGGCUUAAAGGGUCAGAAAGGAGCCAAAGGCACUUCAGGUUUGCACGACGUGGGCCCACCUGGUCCAGUGGGCGUACCCGGGCUGAAAGGGGAGACGGGAGACCCCGGGAGCCCGGGAAUUUCUCCCCCAGGCCUUUCUGGAGGAAGAGGUGCCCCCGGCCCCCCAGGGAGACCUGGAUCCCCUGGUCCUGCAGGUGCCGCAGGAAGAGCUCCUAAAGGGGACAUUCCUGACCCAGGUCCCCCCGGAGAUCAGGGACCUCCUGGCCCCGACGGUCCAAGAGGAGUGCCCGGGCCCCCAGGCCCCCCUGGGAGUGUCGACCUUCUGAAAGGGGAACCAGGAGACUGUGGUCUGCCGGGGCCUCCUGGUCCCCCGGGCCCACCCGGCCCUCCAGGACACAAAGGCUUCCCAGGAUGUGAUGGAAAAGAUGGCCAGAAAGGACCAAUAGGAUUCCCAGGGCUGCAGGGGCCACAAGGACUUCCUGGGCUCCCCGGGGAGAAGGGUUUACCUGGCAUUCCAGGCAGGCAAGGGCAACCCGGUCUUCCAGGUCCCAGAGGUGAACCAGGGCCACCUGCCGAUGUGGAGUCCUGCCCCCGAAUCCCUGGGCUUCCCGGGGUACCAGGCCCAAGAGGACCGGAAGGAGCCAUGGGGGUCCCUGGAGCAAGAGGGCCUCCAGGACCAGGGUGCAAAGGAGAGUCUGGGCCGGAUGGCAGGAGGGGUGAGGAUGGACUCCCAGGGUCCCCUGGGCCUCCUGGAAGCAAAGGGGACGCGGGAGAAGCUGGCUGCCCUGGAGUACCAGGCCCUCCUGGGCCCAUUGGGGACCCUGGGCCCAAAGGGUUUGGGCCUGGAUACCUCAGUGGCUUCCUCCUGGUUCUCCACAGUCAGACGGAUGGCGAACCCGCCUGCCCCGCGGGCAUGCCCAGGCUCUGGACGGGCUACAGCCUCUUAUACCUGGAAGGACAGGAGAAGGCGCACAAUCAAGACCUUGGGCUGGCAGGGUCUUGCCUCCCCAUGUUUAGCACGCUGCCCUUCGCCUACUGCAACAUCCACCAAGUGUGCCACUACGGCCAGAGGAACGACCGGUCCUACUGGCUGGCGAGCGCCGCGCCGCUGCCCGGGACGCCGCUGUCGGAGGAGGAGAUCCGCCCCUACAUCAGCCGCUGUGCCGUGUGCGAGGCCCCGGCGCCCGUGGUGGCUCUGCACAGCCAGGACCAGUCCAUCCCCCCGUGCCCGCGGACCUGGAGGAGCCUGUGGAUCGGGUACUCGUUCCUGAUGCACACAGGGGCCGGGGACCAGGGAGGAGGGCAGGCCCUCAUGUCCCCUGGCAGCUGUCUGGAAGAUUUCCGAGCCGCACCGUUCCUCGAAUGCCAAGGCAGGCAGGGAACUUGCCACUUUUUUGCAAACGAGUAUAGCUUCUGGCUGACGACAGUGAGACCUGACUUGCAGUUUUCCUCCGCGCCCUCGCCAGACACCUUAAAAGAGAGCCAGGCCCAGCGCCAGAGGAUCAGCAGGUGCCAGGUGUGCAUGAAGCACAGCUAGAGAACCCACAGCUGGCCAACAUGUGGCCAGGAGAAACUUCCUCGGGGCCCCCGGGGGGCCCAGGCUGCGCUAAGAGAUUAAUGGUGCUCAUUUCAGACUCCGGGUUCAGCUGCCCCUUCCGUGUAUGUGGUUUUUCCCACUGACCUCUCAUCCCUUCCUCUGUUUGGGGCAGAUUAAGCAAAUGCUCCUCGUAUGGAUUUGUUUGGACCUACCAAUCUUGAUGAAACCCAGAUAUCCUUAUGUUUUUGAGGAUGAUGGAAGAGCCAGCUUUAUUUAAAAUGAUGCUAAUUCACAGGAAGGCAAAGAGAUGAUAAAGGCCAGAUUACAAAUUACAUUACUGAGAACUUCACUCAUUGGUUAAUAGCAUCUCAAACAAUUGAAGUCAAUUACUCUGUAAUACAGUGGGCUUCCGGAUGGAUUUUUAUAGGGAAAAAAAAAAAAAUAGGCCGACAAAUGAAACUAGAAAGUAGAGAUUUCCAACAUCUCAAAAUGAUUUCUUCUGUAAUCUGUUUCCCCAUGCACUUUAAAUAAUUGUGAAACUGUGACCCAAGAAGAUGUAAAAAAAAAAAAAAGAAAAAAGAAGAAGAAGAAGAAGAAAGGAAGGAAGAAAGAAAGAAAAAACCCACACAGCCAGUGUUAACAGUUCAUUUCAAAGCAGAAUGAAUCAUUAUGCCAGGAAGGACCCCAGUGGCUGGAUUCCGGAGAUGCUACAUUAGCAUAAAUACAUCACAGAGGAACAUAAAACGUGUUCUCUUCUGCAUUUUUCAGAGAAUGGAAAUGCCUACUUUGGCAACCCUUUUUGAAAAGUAGCAUUUAUGGAAAAAAUUAUAUUCAAUAAGGGAUUAAGAGCCUUAGAGCUAUUAAUGAAUAUUAAGGCAGUGAUUCACAAAAAUGGACUCCCCAUUGCAGUGAACUUCCAAACAGACGGCAUUUGCCCAGUCGGGGUCCAGCUAGUCUUCGGUGUGCACGCGCUAAUGGGACUGAAGCCACAUGGGGCUCACUCAGACGCAGCAGCUCACACAAAGCAUCCUGCUCCCCUCCCCAGGAGCGCCUGCAGAGCUGCCUCGAACGAAGCCUGCCACGGACGCUUUUCCUCCAAAACAUAAUGGCAUUUCAUACCGGGAAGUGACAGAUCUAUCAUUAUGCACUUGGGAGAAAAUUAAGGGCCGGCUUAAUUAAACUUAGGUAAGAAGAUUCAUUUAAGUCAUGGUCACCCCGCCAGGAAGAUAUGGUGCUAUUUUAGAAAAAAAUAAAAAAUAAAACAACCUACAAUUUGAAUUUUAUGUGCCUGUUACUGGUUUUUACAGAAGCAUCUUGUUUUUCCAAUUUUAAAAAAUUCCUCUAUUUUUUGUCAGUAUCCUACCAAGGCAGCAGUUUGACAUUUGGUAUUAAUAUUUUCUAUAAAAGUUUAGAAGAUAUGUCAAUUUAGAAUGAGUAGUUUUCUGAAUAGCAAAAGAUACUUUCCUAUUCUGAUAGGGAUUC